UCAUGUUCGCCAUGGAACAACACUAAAAACACAUUUCGAUUGGAAAACGUGGGAACCAUGCGGACGAUAUCUUUAUUUCCAGAAAUUCUCAAUUUUCCUGCAAAGCACGUGAUGAAUUUUCCAUGGAACACGAUAAGAAUCCUGUGAGAAUUCUUUCUCAACAGUAUAGAAUGAUUAAAACCUGAUUUUAAUAUAAUAGAAUUCUCAUAUACAAACGAGCCCUGCAAACUUCCUCGUGGGUGGUAGGGUUUUCUGCAUAUAAUUUUCAAGUAAUUUAAGUGGGUUCUCAGAAGGCCACAAUGAUCAUGGCUGCCACAAUUAAAUUUAUGAGAAAACAAUAAGAGGGUCACAGAUAAAAAUGCAAUGUGAAAAAGCAACUAUCUCCAGCUGGUAAAAUUUAGAGGGAGAAGAUAUAAAAAUGGGAACUCAGAGCCCAUAUCAGUGGAUACCAAGAAAUCAAACCCCAUUCUUUCAGAGUUAUUAUGACAAUGGCGUUCUUUGGUUUUGUAGCAGCCUUGUUCUUCGUCAUUGUUUGGGUUUCGAUCCCGGGACCUGUGGAUGCAAGUUUAGGGUAUGCACGCCCCCAGUUAAAGCUGAAGGAUCCUGUGGUAAUCCUGGUUUCCUGUGAUGGCUUUCGGUUUGGUUAUCAGUACAAAACGCAUACACCCAACAUCCAUAGGCUCAUCUCCAACGGCACCAGUGCAGAGACAGGUAUGAUACCUGUUUACCCAACCCUCACUUUUCCAAACCAUUAUUCGAUUGUAACUGGGCUUUAUCCUGCCUGGCAUGGAAUUAUCAACAACUAUAUUAGGAACCCUCAAACAAAUGAGACCUUUACUGUCAAAAACACUGAGCCCAAAUGGUGGCUGGGAGAGCCCCUGUGGGAGACUGUGACCAAACAUGGGCUGCAGGCUGCUGCUUAUUUUUGGCCCGGCUCUGAAGUUGUGAAGGGCCCCUGGAAUUGCCCCAAAAAGUUUUGUCAACACUAUAAUGGGUCUGUUCCCUUUGAGGAAAGAGUGGAUACUGUGUUGGGUUAUUUUGACCUGAAACCAUCAGAAAUGCCCAAAUUCAUUACCCUCUAUUUUGAAGAUCCUGAUAGUCAGGGCCACCAGGUUGGGCCAGAUGAUCCCAAGAUAACCGAGGCAGUUGCUCAUAUUGAUUCCUUAAUGGGGAGACUCAUGAAUGGGCUUGAACAAAGAGGGGUUUUGGAGGAUGUGACUAUUAUCAUGGUGGGAGACCAUGGCAUGGUGGGCACUUGUGAUAAGAAGCUCAUCUUUUUGGAGGAUUUGAGUCCUUGGAUUACAAUUCCUUCCAAUUGGGUAGACACUUAUAGUCCUGUGCUUUCCAUUAGGCCUCCCCUGGGAGUUUCUCCAUCUGAAGUGGUGGCGAAAAUGAAAAAAGGCUUGAAGUCUGGCAAGGUGAACAAUGGUGAGUAUCUGAAGGUUUUCCUGAAAGAAGAUCUACCAAGUCGGCUUCAUUACUCAAGUAGUGAUCGGAUUCCCCCUAUCAUUGGGUUGGUUGCGGAAGGGUUCAAGAUUGAGCAGGCCAACUCCAAUACUCAAGAAUGUGGAGGAGCGCAUGGUUAUGAUAAUGCAUUCUUUUCUAUGAGGACAAUUUUCUUUGGCCAUGGUCCUCGUUUUGCAAGGGGGCGGAAAGUGCCAUCUUUUAUGAAUGUUGAGGUUUAUAAUCUCAUCACUUCUAUUUUCGGCAUCCCUGGAGCACCUAACAAUGGCACUAAAUCUUUUGCAAAGUCAGUUCUACUGCCUCAUUUCUCUGUUUGAUCUGAAUUUGCAAUAUCAGAUGUUGCUGUCAAUUGAAUAAAAAGUCUUCAAGUUUAAGCUGAGUGCGGUAAUAACCUGACUUUAGUGGUGUUAUAAUCACCUCUGUUGAUUCUCUUUCCAGAGAACAGUGUUUAGAAGAAGGGUGUAAACUGCUUGUGUUAAAACUACCAAACUGUUAAAAUCUUAGGCCGUUUGGUAAGGAUCUUUUGUAAUAGUGAAAAAAAAAAAAAUCUUUUGUAAUAGUGUGAGGAUUUGUUCUCCUUUUGUCUCCAAUUUGCUUCAUUUUUCCUUUUAUUUAUGUUACUUCUAUUA